UCGUAGAGAGGCGUUUAGGCCCGUGCGACAAAAUCAUCUUGAAAAAGUGUUAAAAAGUGUUUACCACCACGUUAUAAGGUGGCGUUUAAUGGAUCCAACUAUCGGUUGGUAUCAACCGGAGCAGUGUGGCCCCGCCAAGGACUUGUGGUUGCACAUUUGGGAGGCCGAAAAGGGUAUCGAUAUAUUGACCCUUAAAAACGAUAAUUGUGGUGUUGGUUUGCACGGUGUUACAACAACAAUGACAACUAAAUUUAAUCAGGAUUAUAUACCCAUUGAUAACAGUAGUAAUCGUGUUAAUGAUGACAGAACGGUUAUCAAUCGUCAGAUACACAAUGCCUGUAAUAGUUAUUACAAUCCAUCGAGAAGGAAAAGUGAUAAUCGUGCUAGUACACACGGUAUGAACUACAAUCAUGACGCACUUAUUGGGGUGUACGGUGGAUGUCCUUGGCGUAUACCCAGUAAACAGUAUUCCAAGGGUGUCAUUGGACUCCACGAAGAGAUUCAAGAUUUCUACACAUACAUGUGUCCAUCACGAGAGGAGCAUUGUCUUCGAGUACGAGUAGUCAAAAGAAUAGAACAAGUUAUAUACGAUCUCUGGCCGGACUCGAAAGUCGAGGUCUUUGGUAGUUUUCGUACUGGUCUCUAUUUACCCACCAGUGAUAUCGACCUAGUGGUGAUCGGCAGGUGGACAAAUCUGCCUCUACGUACCCUCGAGAGUGCUCUUCUGGAUCAAAAUAUUGCCGAGCCAUCGUCGAUAAAAGUAUUGGACAAAGCAAGUGUACCGAUAGUUAAAUUGACUGACAAAGAAACUGAGAUAAAAGUUGAUAUUAGUUUCAACAUGAAUAAUGGAGUCAAAUCAGCGGAAUUGAUUAAGAAGUACAAGAAACAGUAUCCAGUGUUGGAUAGGCUCGUUAUGGUACUCAAACAAUUUUUAUUGCAGCGUGAUCUUAAUGAAGUAUUUACUGGCGGUAUUUCGUCAUACAGUUUGAUUCUUAUGACCAUCAGUUUCUUACAGUUACAUCCUAGGCAAAAUGCAUUCAACGCUGAAGCUAAUCUGGGUGUACUUUUGAUUGAGUUUCUAGAGCUAUACGGUAGAAAAUUCAAUUAUGUUAAGACUGGAAUUAGAGUUAAAGAUGGUGGUACUUACAUAUCUAAAGAAGAGGUCCAACGAGAUAUGAUUGAUGGUCACAGGCCGUCCUUGCUGUGCAUCGAGGAUCCACUCACUCCAGGCAAUGAUAUUGGCCGCAGUAGUUACGGUGCUCUCUAUGUUAAGGAUGCAUUUGAUUGGGCUUAUCACGCACUUUCUCAGGCGGUUAGUCCGCUCAAUGUCCUUGUCAAUGACGCUAAUAAAGUCAGUAUAUUGGGACGAAUAAUUCGAGUAACUGACGAAGUCAUCGAAUAUCGUAAAUGGAUCAAGGAAACAUUCCCACCGUUGAUUGGCGAAUUAGACUCGCUGUCGAGUUCAACUGGCUCAGAGGCCUCUACCCUCUCAGCACCAGCUAGUGAUACAGAUUCUGAGUGCAGUCGAGGAAACUCACCCAACACAGGCAGCAAAGUAGAAGAUCGAAAUAAGGACAGGAAUGCAUACAACAAUCACAACUCCAAUCAGCAUCAUCAUUGGAAGAAGCCAUACAAACCGAGUGGUCAUGUCAAUCAUCAGCACAACUCAAGAGGUACUUAUCCCCGUGGCGUGAACAACAACACCCUUGGCCAGAACAAAAUGAAAAAUGCUCAACACAACACCAAUUCAAACACCCAAAACAAUAAUGGCGGUAGCCAGAGUCCAGGAUCAAGAGUACAAGGACCAAAACGAAAGAAGUUCGUCAGCCAUCGUGCACCAGGUGACUGUGUGCGGUGAUGAAAAACGUAUCCCUCCUUCCCGUGUUAAAAGUCCCACAAAUAUAUGAAAAUAUAUUUUGCGUUUUUCUCCACUGAUGAAAAACAAAUUUAAAAAUUGAUAACAACACAAAAUGUCGAGUCCUCGUCGUUUGUCUUCGAGGGAACUCGUCCAAGUCACAGUGUGAAUAAUCCUAGCAAUAAAAAAAAACAGGUAAUGUCUUAAAAACAAAAUCGAAAAAAAAGUUUAAUUAUAAAAAAAAACUGAUC